CAGAAGCCUGCCCAGGUGGCUAACGAGCAAAUUCAGCAAAUGGAGCAAACCGAGCAAAACUCGUGCCUCCGCAUUCAGAGGGCAGCUGAGACGGUGCUUGGCGCACGCACGUGAAAUCACAUGAUCAACCACCCACUGGUCGCCGUCGAAAAUUCCGCCGUACUUUCCUGAUCGAGAUUCUGCCGCCAAGAAAAGGCAUCGCACACUGCUCUUCGCACGUCCACUGCGGCACUGCAUCUGGCAACGAAACCAAACCUCCACCACCAUUUGGCGACAACAACCUCAGCAAACACUCCAGCCUCGUGGUCAAGAUGUCUUCCGUGGAGGCCAACCAAGCUACUGUGAAGAAGUUCGCGGGCGGCGAGAGAACGGUGCCGCACCCUUCCCAGAAGGCGCGCAAGUUCUACCCGGCGGAGGAUGUCAAACAACCCAAGAAGGCUCGCAAGACUCUUCGCCCACACAAGCCCCGAGCAUCCCUCCAACCUGGCGCCGUUCUGAUCCUCCUGGCUGGACGUUUCCGUGGCAAGCGUGUUGUCCUUCUUCGACACCUCAAGGAGGGCGCACUCCUGGUCACCGGCCCCUUCAAGAUCAAUGGAGUUCCUCUGCGACGAGUCAACUCGAGAUACGUCAUUGCGACGUCCACAAAAGUCGACAUCAGCGGCCUUGACCAGUCGACGCUAGACAAGAUUGCCAGCCCGGAAUACUUCGCUCGGGAAAAGAAGAGCAAGAAGGAAAAGGGCGAGGAGGCUUUUAUUAAGCAGGGAGAGAAGCCAGAGAAGAAGCAGCCUACUUCUCAACGCGCUUCCGACCAGAAGACCAUCGACAAGCCGCUCCUUUCCGCCAUCAAGAACGAAGAAUUCCUUGCCAGCUAUUUGAAAUCCAGCUUCGCCCUGAGACACGGCCAGAAGCCCCACGAGAUGGUCUUUUAAACAAUAGGGCCAAUGCCACUUUCUUGCUGCAGCGAGAGGGGAGGAUCGCUGGGGGUUGUUCCUAAGGAGGUCUGAGGGGAGACAUGUGGUGCCAGACAUGUGAGAGACAUGGGGCGUUUUGUUGCGUGGCUUGCGCGGUAGGCCGACCACCAAGCAAACUUCUUUAAUUUGCACAAAAAGCGACCAUGGUCUGGCGGCCGGAGCAUGGUCAGCCAUGAAAGGGAGGUUUCCAUGGAUGGACCCGUGCUGGCCUUUGCCGAUCAUGUUGCUGCAAAACCAAGCGACGGGCGACGAUGAGUCAAUAUCCUGUGGGUUGGGCGAACAAAGAUGGUUACGCACGGAAGGUUUGCACCGGACACCGUUGCGCCUUCGGGAUUGAUUUUUCGAGCCUAGACAAAUGAAACACCAAAGAUGAAAUCUGUCUGAUACUCUUCGAGGUCUUUUUUUGUCCAUUCGAUCUGGCUUUUCGUGUCCCCCGUCUAUGCUGUUGCUAAACUCUAGACCCAGAUUGCGUUACCACAGCCCAUUUCCUGAAGCGCACAUGGUCCAUGACAUCCCC